AUGCCGGAGCCGCGGGCUGCGUCGCCGCUGCGAGUGAACUCGGCGUUCGCCGCACGGUACAGCCGCUACCGCGAGCGCGAGGAGCUGCAGCGGCUGAAGGAUCGCUACGGAGACCGGGACAGCGGUGGCGACUCCACCUCUGAGUCUGAUUCCAGUGACGACCGUGUGGAAUUUGACCCCCAGGAGGAGCAUGACUUUUACAGGACACUCUCUUUGUUGAAGAAGAAGGACCCCUAUAUUUAUCAGAAAGAUGCCACGUUUUAUCAGAGACCAGCGUCAUCUACAGAGAGCCAGGAAGAGCCAGGAGCCUCAGAGAAACAGAAGAAAGUUCAGCCCAUGUACUUGAAGGACUACAAGAGGAAGGUUAUUCUGGAGAAAGAAGGCAAAUAUAUUGAUGAGGACAAUUCAGAUGGGGAAACUUCUGAUCAGAGAUUGCAGAAAACCUCAUCACAAAGUUACGUGGAAGAACAGAAACAGCUCAAGGAAAGCUUCCGGGUAUUUGUGGAGGACAGUGAGGAUGAGGACAGUGCUGGGGAAGGUACCUCUGUGUUGCUUCAGAAACGUGCUAAAACCAGUGAAGAGAAGGCCCAGGAAGAGGCCGACUACGUCAAGUGGCUGAAGGGACAGAAAGGGAUUCAGAACCCCGAGUCCUUGAAGGAACUGACCCAUCUUAAGGAAUAUUGGGAUGACCCAGAGCUGGAGGAAGGGGAGCAAUUCCUGAGGGAUUAUAUCCUCAACAAACGCUAUGAAGAGGAGGGAGAUGAGAAUGAGGAAGAAAAAGAGGAAGAGGAGGAGGAGAAAGGAGUCACUGGACCCCCAGUCCAGCUAUCUGUGGAUGAUUCUUCUGAUGAAGGGGAGCUGUUUUUGAAGAAGCAGGAGGACUUUGAGCACAAGUACAACUUCCGCUUCCAAGAGCCCGACUCAGCCUCGGUCAAGACCUACCCACGUAGCAUCACAUCCUCUGUUCGGCGCAAGGAUGAACGCAGGAAGGAGAAGAGGGAAGAGACUCGGGAGCGGAAGAAGAGAGUGAGAGGGGAGUCAUCGGCAUCACAGGUGCUGAGCCCAGCUGUGACCCUGCAGAAAUGCUUUGGUGAUGAGUACUAUCGCACCGCAGAGGAGGAGAAGCCACAAUUUGAGGAGGAGGAAGGGAUUGAAGAUGACUGGAACUGGGACACAUGGGAUGGACCAGAGCAAGAUGGAACAUGGAGCCAGCAGGAGCCUCACUGUGAGGACCCCAACUUCAAUAUGGAUGCUGACUAUGACCUCAGCCAGCAGAAGAAGAAACGUGAGGCACCCUUGAUGGGCAAGAAGAAGCGCAAGUCCCACUUCGCUGCAGCUGUGGGGCAGGAAAAGCCUGUGUUCGACCCUGGGGACAAGACGUUUGAGGAGUACCUGAAUGACUAUUACCGGCUGGACUACGAGGACAUCAUCGAUGACCUGCCCUGUCGCUUCAAGUACCGCAAUGUGGUGCCCUGUGACUUUGGGCUCAGCACUGAGGAGAUCCUUGCUGCUGAUGACAAGGAGCUGAACCGGUGGUGCUCUCUGAAGAAGACCUGCAUGUACAGGUCAGAGCAGGAGGAACUGCAGGACAAAAGAGCUUACAGCCAGAAGGCCCAGAACUCAUGGAAAAAGAGGCAGAUUUUCAAGUCUCUCUGCUCAGAGACAGAGAUACCCACAGAAGCCACAGGGAAGCCACAGAGAGACAAAGCUGUCCCUCAGGAGCAGCUGCCGGUGCCUGAUGUGUCAUGGGGGAAGCAGCCCCAGCCCAAGAGCCUCCCAGCACAGGAGGAGGAGGCCCCUGUGUCACGCACCCAGCAGCCAGCCCCCAAGAAACAGAAGAGGGGCAAGAAGGCAAGGCUGCUGGGCUGUACAGUGACACUUGGUGGACGUGAGUUCAGCUGCCAGAGACUGCAGGCAUUUGGGCUCAACCCCAAACGGCUGCACUUCCGACAGCUGGGCCGGCAGCGGAAGAAGCAGUAGAGGCCCAAGAGUGGCUCCUGAACAACAGGGAAUAGGCAGCUGGGCCCUUGGAUGGAUGGAUCCCCUUCCUUCUGACCAAUACAAUCUAUCUGCCACAUAGACCCUCACAACUACCAUGUGGGCAGACCACUCUGCCCAUCCUAUAGACACGAAAACAGGUCCACUUGACAAACUUACCAACAUAGCUUGGGAACCUCACCUUGAAACACCUCCUAGACCCCAUAUUUGCUCAGAAUGCUGAGCCAAGCCAUAGCCACAUUCAAGUCAAACAGCUUUAUUCGAACCCCCAGUGGCCACAGUUCCCUUAGGAUAGGGGCUUCAGGACCAGAAAGGGGCCCAGGCAGUCCAGUGCAAAUUAUAGUACUUGAGUCAGGCCCUGAGUGGGUGCCUGGGGGUCUUCCCUCCCUUGAUGCCCUGCCAGGAGGGCCUGGCUGGUGGGAGGCAGCUACACGGGCUCUCUCCUUGGCUGAAUGAUUUCCCAGA